CCAAGCCAAACUACGUACAUUCUCGUGACGUAGAACGCUUCUAAGGAUUCCAACAUAGCACAAUGUCUCGAGUUACCGCCCUUGCCAUACUCCUGUCCGUGGCGGCGUUUGCUGCCUCCAACCCAGCCCCCCAACCUUGCCAGUUCCCGUCACAGUUCGUAACUCUGGAAACCUGCAUGGAAUACAGACGUUGGGCAAACGUCUUCUCUGACUUCACUAACAAGCGAAAACUGCUCGACUUUGUCGACUCAGACGAUUUCAUCUACGUCGACAUGGACGCACAAAUUACCAAGAGGAAGUUUGGCGGAGUUUGCCUCACCUACCGAGAGAAGGGGUACGCCAUCAAUUUUGACAGUAUCCCAGCAAGCUCCGUGCUAGAGACGAGAGCCGGCUCUACUGUUGGUGAGGACGUGGAAGUGGUUGUUUGGAAAAUCGACACGCCCGCCACGGAAGGAGAGAUCGCCGUCACAAAAGACACCUGCUACCCUGUCUAUAGCUCCUUGGUGGACAAAUCGACGGAGAAGAGUCUGUACCUGCUCUAUACUGACGUGCAGGAGGAGGGGUUCGACGCGUCUGUCUUCGACAAUCUUGACUUCAGCGGCUGCCCAGAUGAACCACAAUAAUUAAUUGUCAUUUACAACGGGUACUUGUUUGUAGCUGAGGGAGAAAUGUUUCCAAAGAUUUGUUCAGUCACUGAAAAAUAAAAAGAUAACGAACUGGUUCUAGUAUUUGAGAUAAA